UGCAGGAAAAAAGUUAGGAUGCUCUGAUAAGACGUCAAGAUUUUAUUUCUGUUUGCUGCUAUCGUUUGAUCCUUAUUCAAGAUGUAUUCAAGCUGCUGACAGCUUGAAGUUACAACCGUGACUUUACCCUGGACUUGAUUACUUGUACAGCCAAUUUUAGGAAACGGUGGCAACGGCUUAGGAAGCCUCCUUCGGGGUCGUGUACUCUGCGCAUUCCAAAUCGACGGCAACCAUGGCUGACGCAACCAUCGCAAAGGCUGCCCCCGCAGCAGGCGAAAAUGAAGGGGUUAACGUGCAGGUGUUGCUGAGAUGCAGGCCUAUGAGCGAUAAGGAAAUUGCAGAGAGAACACCUCAAGUCAUCUCCUGCAACGAGGUGCUGCGUGAAGCUACACUCUAUCAAAACGUCGGCGGAAAGCAGAUGAGCCGGACAUUCCGAUUUGACAAGGUGUUCAGCAGCGAGGCCUCGCAAGAGAAGCUUUUUAAGCAGGCGAUUGUGCCGAUUGUCCAGGAGGUCAUGGAAGGGUUCAAUUGCACCAUCUUCGCCUAUGGCCAAACCGGCACCGGCAAGACGUACACUAUGGAGGGUGGGCCACGACGGAGCGACGACGGGAAAAGCUUGUCAGCUGAGGCUGGCGUGAUUCCGCGCUCCAUCAAGCAGAUCUUUGACACCAUCGAGGCGAACAACGCCGAUUCUACGGUAAAGGUGACCUUCCUAGAGCUGUACAACGAGGAGCUGACAGACCUGUUGUCAUUCGACGACGUCAAGGACGACAGCAAGCGGCUGCGGCUCCUGGAAGACCGCAAUGGGGUGGUCGUGCAGGGCCUCGAGGAGGUUGUAGUCAAGAGUGCAACGGAGAUCUACCAGGUGCUGGACCGGGGCACUGCCAAGCGCCGCACCGCGGAGACGCUGCUGAACAAGCGGUCCAGCCGCAGCCACUCGGUCUUCUCCAUCACCAUCCACAUGCGCGAGAGCAGCGCUGACGGCGAGGAUGUGGUGAAGGUGGGGAAGCUGAACCUGGUGGAUCUUGCUGGUAGCGAGAACAUUUCGCGCUCGGGCGCGAAGGACGGCCGCGCACGCGAGGCAGGUUCCAUCAACCAGUCUCUUCUGACGCUUGGCCGUGUCAUUACGGCGCUGGUGGAGCACUCUGGUCACGUGCCGUACCGGGACUCUAAGCUAACACGCCUACUGCGUGAGUCCCUUGGCGGCAAGACCAAGACCUGCAUCAUUGCCACGAUCGCCCCAACGGUGCAGUGCCAAGAAGAAACCAUCAGCACGCUUGAUUACGCGCACAGGGCCAAAAACAUUCGCAACCGACCGGAGGUAAACCAAAAGAUCUCCAAGACCGCCAUGAUCCGGGAGAUGAGCACAGAAAUGGAGAAGCUACGCAUGGAACUUGUGGCCCAGCGCGAGAAGAAUGGUGUAUACGUGCCCGUCGAGAAGCACCAGCAGGAUGAGGUGGAGCGCAUGCAGCUCCGUGACACCGUCAAGGCGUUGCGAGAGGAGUUAAAGGCGGAGCAGGAGGAGUUUGCGCAAACGCUUGAGCAGCAGAAGACCGAGGCCGAGAAGAACAUCAGCCGUUUGGAGACGGAGCUGGCCACGGCCCGGACCAACCUGCAACGCAUGGAUGCCACGGUACAAGCCGCCACCCGCACCAUCCACGAGCGCCAGUACUUGAUAGCAGCGCAGCGCCAGGCGGAGCAGGACAUCGUGGACCAUGCUGAGGCCAUGCGGAUGGACCUUGCUGCUGCCGUACGUGAUGUUGGCGAGCUGUUCGCCUCGCUAGACGAGCUGACCAGCGUGAACGAUGGAGACCGCGACGCAUUUAAGCACAUCCAGGCACUUAUCAAGGCCCGCAUUGAAGACAUCGGAGCGUCGCUGUCAGCAGCAGUCGACCGGCAGCAGCAGCAGCUCAGUGCCAUGAACGAGGCGCUGCGGGCAUUCAAGCAGCAAAAGCAACAGGAACUGCAGCAGCUCGCGGCAAACGUUGCCACCGUGCAGUCGACUGUGACCUCCAUGCGUGAGUCAGUGGAGCGCCGCGGCGCGGAGGCGGAGGCCGGCGCAACUGCUGCUCUCAGCUGCGCCGGCGAAGCCGCUGCAGCGCAUGCCGCGGCGGCCGUAUCAGCUGCUGAGAAGCUGGAGGCGGCAUCACGGGGCGCAGUCGAUGCGCUAGUGCAGUCCAUUGAGAAGCAAGUGGACCAGCUGACGGCCUUUGCUAAGCAGCAGGCAUCUUCGGCAGACAGCUUCUGUGAGUCGUUGCGCAACUCUAUGACGCGGCUUACCGGAAACCUCGGCAACCUUCAAGAUGCCGCGGCGCAGGCGCAGACUUCUGUCGAGCAGCAAACUGCGGCGCUAAGCGGGGGCCUUGGAGGGCUUGCUGUCCGCAUCCAGGAGGAUGCCUCCCGGCGGCAGGCGGCUUUGAUGGCGCAGAUUGCUGCGUUGGUCCAGAGCUUCACGGACGAGAGCUCAGCCGAGGUUGCCAAGGGUGUGCGGGCGCUGCAGCAGCAAGCUGAAGAAGGCAGCGAAGCUGUCCGCGGCCGCCUGGUGCAGGUGUCUCAGACGGCAACAACGGCGAUCGGAGAAGUCAAGGAGGUUACGGCUGCAAUCACCGGAGGCGUGCAGGAGGACCAGCAGCGGGUGGGCAGCCACACCACCGACAUGACUGCCUCCUUGAAGCGCAUCGGCGAGGACGCGCGGGGCAUCCAUGUGGAGGUGGCGGCACAGCUGAAGUGCAGCGCCGAGUCUGCUGUAACGUACCGUCACGAAGCAGAGCAGCACUGCAGCCGCAGCACGGCGGCUGUCCACGAGGCCAUCCGCUCAUGCAUUGCGACAGCCAGCGAGGACGCAGCAUCAACACAGCGCAUGCUUGACGGAGUCAAGGAUACCGUCGAGGCGGCGACUGGACGGGACGACAAGGUGGCAGAUGAGUGGGCGUCGUCAUGCUCAACUGCCGCCGCGGACAUUGCAGGCUUCCGGGAGCAGCACCUGCGGAGCUUGUCGGUGCUUGACGGCGAGGUUGACGCCGUGCUUCAGAAGCGGAUGUUUGUUGAGCGGCAGGUGAUGCCUCCGGCACGGCGGGAGCUCGACAUCCCCCCUGCCUCUUCUCUCCAAGACCUGCGCUGCCCCCCAGAGGAGGUGCUGGUGGAGCGAUGCCAUGCCGAGUGCCCGCAGAUUUUCGCAGUCCCAUUGGUGCAGUCGGGUUCACUGUCCGGGUCCCUCAGCCCACGGACAAGCCUUGCCCUGUCAACCAGCGGCCUUGCGCGCGAGAACGAGACGCCGCUACGCUCGCAGCCCUCAGUGCUCGUGCCUGCUGGUGCGCAGCUGGCGGCCACCAGCAGCGGCUUGCAGUCUCCGCGCUCCACUGCUGGACUCCGCAGCCGCAUCCCGUCCAAGCCAAGCCUCAUGGGCGCCUCGCCAAGCGUCAAGGACCUGACCGCGAACGUUACCACUCGGCCACUGCUUGCCGACAAGACAAACAGCAAGUCCAGCAUCCUCACUGACUGGGCCGCAUAGUGACCAGUCAACGGGCGACACGAUUCCUAUCGUGCCUCCGCCGUACAUGGUGGAUUCGCGAACUAUGGCCAGUAGCUGACAAUGUGGUGCGGGACGAUUACCCUGCUAACAAUGUACUGCUGACAUUCGUGGCCUUGACCGGCAUAGACGAAGCAGUCAU